AACAUGGUGUAGCAGAGUAUUUAAACAAUUGAUACUUAUCGUAAAUUGCAAUAAUAGAAAGAUGUACGUAAAGGAACGAUGUUAACGCUUACUCCGCGAACGUUCGCGAUUGUUUCACGUGUGUAUAAAAUAUCGUGACAGUGUCUUAUUCUAAUAUUUUAGGUGCCGCGUUUUUAACUCGCAUGUUUGUGAUCCGAUCGUGCGGACACGCAGUAAUUUAAAUCUGUUUUUAACAAAGCCGUCAAGAAAGUUAACAUAGUUGCGCAAAUCGUCAUGUUGGAAUACGAAAAUCAAAUAUUUCUUGAAAUCCUUCAAGAGGAUGGACUGGUUAUCACUGCCAAAGGCCUUGGCAUUGAAACUGUUUUCGCAAAUGUGAUAAAAGCUUAUUCGGAUCCGGGCAAUCUGGUUAUAGUCCUGGGAACUACCAAUUAUGAUGAGCGUUACUUCAUCGAUCUGCUUAGUAGUUACGGAACAAACACAUUGCCACGUGUGGUCAAUGCUGAAUGUUCUUCUAACGACAGGGAAGCGAUGUAUUUGGAAGGCGGAGUGCUAUUUAUAUCGGGUCGUAUAUUGGUGGUAGAUCUGUUAAAAAAUAGAGUUCCGCUGAAUCUAGUAACUGGUAUUCUCGUGUACAGAGCUCACAAUAUUCUCAAUGCAUAUCAAGAGGCGUUUGCUCUACGUUUGUACAGACAGAGCAACAAGACCGGAUUUAUCAAGGCAUUUACAAACUCCUCGUUGGCCUUCACAGUCGGUUAUUCGCAAGUGGAACGAGUCAUGAAAGCUCUAUUUGUAAAAAAAUUGUAUUUAUGGCCACGCUUUCACACGAUAAUCAACAAUUGUUUAUCCAAGCAUAAGCCCGAUGUUAUAGAACUGCAUGUGAAGAUAACGCCAAAGAUGGAAAAUAUUCAAACAGCCUUGCUCGACAUUAUGAAUUACGUUGUGAAGGAAUUGAAAAGGAUCAAUAAGUAUCUGGAAUUGGACGAAUUAACCGUGGAGAACGCAAUAGCGAAGAAAUUUCACAAACAGUUGCAUUUGCAACUGGAUCCGAUCUGGCAUCAACUAAGCACAACGACUAAACAGCUGUUUUCCGAUUUAAAAACCCUGAGGUCUCUCAUUAUAUCCUUAACUUACGAAGACUCCGUUUCAUUUUACGCGAUGUUGAAUCGUUUGCGAACUAUGGAAUACGCGGUGAAGGCCAGCGGCUGGAUAAUGAUGGACGAAGUCGAGAAUUUGUUCAAAUACGCUAAAAGCAGAGUUUACACAGACAAGAACGAACUCAAGCCAGAACCGAAUCCGAAGUGGCUGGCCUUGUCAGAAGUAUUGCUCGAGAUUCAGGAGCAGAAACGUAAGAAGAGAGACAAUAAAAAUGUCGAUAAAGUUCUUGUCUUAGUGCAUGAUAAUAAUAUAUGUCGUCAGUUAAAGAAUUAUUUAACCAUGGGCGCGAAUAAAUACUUACUUUACGAGGCUCUAAAGAAAUUGUCUCACAAUAAGGAACCAAAACCAAGUGGCAAUAGCGGAACAAAGAGUACGGUCGACCAACAACAAUCGACAUCUGAAAGCAACACGGAUGAGGAAAGUCCAAGUGAUCACGACACUUAUGUACUCACCUUGUCGCAGAAGUGUGGUGAAAGCACCGAUGAGGAGACUCCGACUACUUCUACGGAAGAUAUAAAACAUCAAACUUUGUUCGAAGAAUGUUCUCAAAUGGCAGAUUUGGAUAUGAGCAGUCACGCAACAUCCGCACCCGUAGUCAUCAUACAAGCUAUAAAAAAGGGAGGAGAUCCAAUGGCGUUGCUACGAACGUUGACCGAACAUACGCCGAAUAAUAUUAUUCUGUACGUAGCCGAUAUCGGGACCGUGAGACAGCUGGAAGUGUAUCAGAAUAUCAAUCCGUCCUUAGAUCUGAAAGUAUUCUUUUUAAUUUACGGAGGAUCCGUCGAGGAACAAGAAUAUCUCACUUCCUUGCGACGGGAGAAAGAAGCAUUUCAUUCUUUGAUUAACACGAAGACUACCAUGGUUGUGCCAGAAGAUCAAGAUGGAAAGUCCGAGGAUUGUCCAGCUCUCGGGGUUCAGUCAGAUAACACGGAUCAAGAGAACACGCGCAAAGGUGGAAUGCAAUUGGCACCUAAAGUAAUUUCGAAAGUUAUUGUUGAUAUGAGAGAAUUUAGAAGCGAGUUGCCCGCCAUGUUGUACACGCGCGGCAUAAAGAUCGAACCGGUGACGUUAGUGAUCGGUGAUUAUAUUUUAACGCCGGAAAUAUGCGUUGAGAGAAAAAGCAUAUCCGAUUUGAUCGGUUCUUUGCUUUCUGGAAGAUUAUACAAUCAGGCAGUUGCUAUGACGAGACACUACGCCAAGCCGAUGCUCCUCAUAGAAUUUGAUCAGAACAAACCGUUUUGUUUUCAGGGACAUUACUACGUCAGCAAAGAUCUCAAGAAUACAGAAAUAACAGGAAAGCUGCAGUUGUUGACACUUCAUUUUCCUAAACUGAGACUCGUAUGGUCUCCUAGUCCACAGGCGACAGCACAGUUAUUUGAAGAAUUAAAGCAAGGACGAGAUCAACCCGAUUCAACUAUAGCUGCUAAAAUUGGAGCGGAUGAAGAUUCGGAAGACAAGCAGAUAAUGGUAGAAAAAUAUAAUUCUCACAUUCAGGAUUUUGUGGCCAAAUUGCCAGGUGUACAUUCAAAGAAUUUGCGUAUUUUAUUGAACAAAGGACAAUCAUUGGACCAUCUUAUCAAACUUAAACAAGAAGAACUAAAAGAAAUUCUUGGGAAUACAAAUGAUGCUGAAAUGUUGUACAAAGCUCUGCAUGAAAAAUGUUUGCCAACGGAUGAAAAGUCGUCAGCGAACAGAGCUGUUUCUAAAGUACGUGGUAAGCAACUUUUUUCUAGGAUAAAAAAGUGAUAUACAUUGUGUGUAUAUGUAAAGAUCGUAAUAAAUGUUAGAAGAAAUUUA